AUGUUUUGUUAUGGGAACAGGUUUGUAGAGGUAUAUUAUAACCUACCUAGACAGAGAGUCAUGUGGUAGUAGACUGAGUAUCCUGCAGUAUAUAUUGUAUGUGUGAAUUGUGCAAUUUUAUUUCAGAAAUUAAGAAACAAAGGCCAUAAUGACCUGUGUGCCAGUCCUGAUCCAGAUGACUGUUUUGGGCACAGCCCCCUCAUGGACGACCGUUUCGGCAAACUAAGCGAAGAGAGUGAUUUAAUGUACAAGCGCUGUGGUGUAAGUACUUUCUCCCUCUCCUGCCAUUUUGUGUUGAUUCCUGUUUUUAUGUUGAUGUUCACUACAGGCGCUAAACAAGAAAGAACACAGAGGCUGUGAUAGCCCGGACCCCGAUGCCUCAUAUGUCCUCACCCCUCACACAGAAGAAAAGUAUAAAAAAAUUAAUGAGGAGUUUGAUAAUAUGAUGAGAAAUCAUAAAAUCGUAAGUAAAUGCAAGGAUUUUGCUGCUUGGCUUUGUUGCACAAAGGAUUUUGACCUUCUUUUGGUUUUACUUUUUCUUCUUUUUUAAAUUAUCCCACCCUGCAACCUCUGUCAACUACUAUAAGCAAACAUGGACUAUUCAAGCAUAACCUUUUUUCUGUUCAUUGGAAGUGUAUUUGUUUAUUUGUACUGCAACUUAUAUUUUGGCACACCCUGAUAAGAUCACAUUGUUAUGACAGGUUGAACCUUUUUAAAGCUCUAUUGGGAAGAUCACAUUGAAAACUAUAGGAAAAGGAAAGUGCAUUUUUGUUAUUUUCCGGAAGAGAAGAUUUCCCCCUAAAAAAAAAAGGAAGAUCCUCCAUGUAUCCCCACUGGCUUAAAUAUUGACUGGUUCUGUAGCUUUGGUGAUUUUCCCAAAACCCAAUUUUCACCCCCAAGCAGAUCAAGAAAUUAAAUCUCUUUUAGUCCAACAGUGCCUGGAUCAUUUGGCGAGGGAGAGGAUCAUUUAUUUUAUCUCCCCCUCCCCCCUUUGCUCAUUGUAUGAUCUCUCCUGGUGCCUCAACUUGGUGUGUCCUCCAUUCACGUGGGCAAUUCAAUCAGUAUUCACCAAAGCACAACAUCAGUGGACUAUCACUGCGUAUUUUCCACUCUUUCAUCGAGCUGCUAUCAGACUGGAGGUGACCAAAGUACCCUGGAAUUACACAGAGGUUUACCUUAAGACAAUAGUGAUCUUAUUGCGGGUGGCAAUCAUAGAAUCCUGCAUAAAGUAUAGUGCUUCAACUGUUGUUUUCUCUCUAAUUCUGACAUGGAGAGCACCAUUGUUUGCAAUUAACACACUAAUAAUAUCACUAACUGACUGUCUCACUGGACUAUGCUGUGAAUGGAGUGGUCUCACUGUCACCAGUUACUCUCAAACACUCUUUGGAUUGUCAGCACUGCACUGCACAGACAUGGAGUUUUGAUCCAAAAUUGAUUUAUAUUUUGGGAAAUUACACAAUUACACUAUCCUGAUAAAAACAAGAAACAUUGAUGAUCUGCAGUGCUGACUAUUACAAUGCAAGUCUGAACACCUGGUACAAGACACUUGCUAAUGUGCAUGUUUUGUUUUUAGUGAUGUGUGAUGUUUUUAAAUAGCAAAAUUAUUGUUUUCUUCAUUUACAGAAAUAUAGUGGUCAUUUGUACAUUUUAUGCAUUACUAUUUAUAUAUUAUACAGGCUUAUGCCAGCAUCCAAUCAACCUGGAUUUGGAACAUGAACAGGUUGCCAGAUGCAGCAUAGAGCUGUUUGUUUACCAUCAGUGAAUAGGACUGCUCUGUUAACCAUACCAAUGUGAUUGAUGUGGCACCAUCAGAGAUGCCAUCUCUGCCAUCUCCUUCCCCAUGUGACCCUUAGCCCAGCGCCAAGUCUUUGAUUCUCCCCAUGUCUCUGUGUUUCCCUCCUGUAGCCCACAGCGCUGCCCCAGCAGAACUUCCCCAUGCAUGUGGCAGUUCCGGUCUCCAACCAGAACACCAUGUCCUACCACCCAGGAGGAUCCAUGAGCAGCCAGGCCCUGGCCCAGGCCGCAGCCUCUCUGAGUGACAGCGGGAUGCUCCCCCCCCCUCAGGCCUCCUUACACAGAAACGUGGGCUCCAGCGGGGGCCAGCAGAGGCCCCCCACUCAAGGCAAUGCG